AAUCCAAAAGCCAAACAUACACAAACAUGGCGAUAUCACAGGCAGGCAAGAUGCUGUCCUCUCUUCGGUGUUGGUUAUAUUUAUUAGUCCUCGGGCUUGCAGGAAUAAACUCGUCUACCCUUCGUCUUCAGCCGGAGCAGCGCUACAUGCUGCCGCAAAACAGAGGCUUUUUCACAAUAGAAGCAAAUGAGGAUUUACCAGACGGAGGUGGAGGAGGCGCCGCGGCUCCAGCGCUGCCUCUGGCCGCUCGUAGCGCAGCUGAAGGCGGGUCGAACUCGGGCGCCCAUUCGCAGCAUCGAAGCCGCCGGAGCUCUGGUGACUCGGCUAUGCCAAAGGUGUACGGCCAGGCCAACCUGAAUGACUCUCACAACCAGAUGGUGGUCCACUGGGCUGGAGAGAAGAGCAAUGUCAUUGUGGCCUUGGCCCGAGACAGUGCAGGAGCCACCGGACCCAAAACCAGCUCUGUCUAUGUGUCCUAUGACUAUGGAACCACUUUCACGCUCGUCUCAGACAAGUUCCAACUUUCAGGAGCCAAGGUGAAAGAGGGCAACAAGCAGGUCAUUUCCCAGUUCUACCACAGCCCUGCAGACAACAGGAGGUACCUUUUUGUAGACUCCACCAACAACUACCUGUGGAACACGUUUGACUUCUGUAAGAGUGUCCAGGGCUUCUCCCUCCCCUUCAAACCAACCGACCUGCUGCUUCACACCAGAAGAUCCAACCUGGUGCUCGGCUAUGACAGCUCUCACCCUGACAAACCGCUGUGGAAAUCAGACGACUUUGGGGAGACGUGGGUGUUGAUCCAAGAGCACGUGAAGACCUACUUUUGGGGUGUGGAGCCCUACGACCCCCCCACCACAGUGCUGGUCCAGAGACACGAGCCCCAAGGUGUUUCCACCAUACUCAGCAGCACAGACUUCUUCCAGAGCGAACAGAACCGCAGAGUGAUCCUGGAGCAGGUGGACAGCUUCCAGCUCCGAGACAAGUACAUGUUUGCCACCACCACACGGAAACUGUUUGGCAGCCAUGAACCUUCAUCUGUUCAGCUCUGGGUCUCCUACAACCGCCAGCCAAUGAAAGCUGCCCAGUUUAUGACCCGACAUCCAAUCACAGAGUACUACAUUGCAGAUGCAUCUGAGGAUCAAGUGUUUGUGUGUGUCAACCACCUGAACAACGUCACACACCUCUACAUCUCAGACACACAGGGCCUCUCCUUCUCUCUGUCACUGGAGAAUGUGUUAUAUUACAGUCCUGAGGGCUCUGGCAGCAACACGCUCAUCAGGUACUUUGUCAAUGAGCCGUUUGCAGACCUGCAUCGUGUGGAGGGGCUGCGAGGGGUCUUCAUCGCCACACUCAUCAACGGCUCUGUUAGCGAGGACAACAUGCGAUCUGUCAUUACUUUUGACAAGGGAGGGACAUGGGAGCUGCUUCAGCCACCUGCUGCUGACAGCCUGGGAGGAACUAUGGACUGCCAGCUCAGUAAAGGUUGCUCUCUCCACCUGGCCCAGCGCUGGAGCCAGCUGUUCAACAUCCAGCUGAGGAGGAUGCCCAUCCUGUCCAAGGACUCUGCACCUGGACUCAUCAUGGCCACAGGAUCUGUAGGCAGGAACUUGGCCAACAAACCCAAUGUGUAUGUAUCCAGUGGUGCUGGAGCACGGUGGAGAGAGGCACUGGCAGGCCCUCAUUUCUACACAUGGGGUGACCAUGGUGGUAUCCUGAUGGCCAUCGCACAAGGAGGUGCCACCACGCAUCUCAAGUUCAGCACCAAUGAAGGCGAGACGUGGACUGACUUUAAGUUCUCAGAUAAGGAGGUGUAUGUGUACCAGCUGCUGACGGAGCCUGGAGAGAAGAGCACCAUCUUCACCAUCUUUGGCUCCUACGCUGAGCAGAGACACAGCUGGCUCAUCCUGCAGGUCAACACCUCUGACGUCCUGGGUGUGCCUUGUUCUGAUGCCGACUACAAGCGCUGGUCUCCGUCAGAUGAGCAUGGUAAUGAGUGCCUGUUGGGCAGAGAGAUAACAUUUAAGAGACGAGCUCCUCACGCUACAUGCUUUAACGGAGAGGACUUCGACCGGCCCGUCAUCAUCUCUAACUGCUCCUGCACACGGCAGGACUAUGAAUGUGACUACGGGUUCAAGCUGAGUGAAGACUUGUCUCUGCAGGUGUGUGUUCCUGACCCUGAGUUCCUGGGUGACCUCUACGCUCCUCCAGUUCCUUGCCCUGUCGGUACCAGCUACCGCCGCAGCAAAGGCUACAGAAAGGUACCAGGUGAUAGCUGUCGUGGAGGAGACGUGGAGUCCAGACUGGAUGGAGAGAUGCUGCCGUGUCCUGUUGGAGAGAGUAACGAGUUUAUCCUGUACGCGGUGAGGAACUCCAUCCAUCGCUACGACCUGGCCACAGGCACCGACCAGGCCCUGCCUCUGGCCGGCCUCAGGGAGGCUGUAGCUCUGGACUUUGACUAUGACAGGAACUGCCUCUACUGGGCCGACAUCUCUCUGGACACCAUACAGCGUCUGUGUCUGAAUGGCAGCACAGGUCAGGAGGUGGUAGUGAGGAAAGACCUGCAGAACGUCGAGGCCCUGACCUUUGACCCCAUCAGUAGACUGCUCUACUGGGUUGAUGCUGGAGCGCAGAAGAUUGAGGUUUCAAACCCUGAUGGAGACCUGCGCCAUACUCUGCUCAACUCCUCCAUCCUGGAGCACCCCCGAGCUCUAGUUCUGCUGCCUGGAGAGAGUCUGAUGUUCUGGACUGACUGGGGAGACCGAGCACCUGGCGUUUACCGGAGCUACAUGGAUGGAACCAACGUGUCAUGCAUCGUGUCCGAGGGCGUCCGCUGGCCCAACGGCAUCACAGCUGACGACCACUGGCUGUACUGGACCGAAGCAUACAGUGACCGCAUCGAGAGAGCCGACUUCGCCGGGGGCCAGAGGAGCGUUCUCAUGGAGGGACUGCCCCACCCAUACGCCAUCGCUGUCUUCAAGAAUGAUCUGUACUGGGACGACUGGUCCAGAAUGGGAAUCUUUAAAGCUCCAAAGGCUGGUUCUCAGAGCAAUGAGCUGAUUGUUGGCAGACUAACUGGAGUCAUGGACCUGAAGAUCUUCUAUAAGGGGAAGAACAGAGGCCAUAAUGCCUGCGCUGACCAGCCGUGCAGCCUGCUGUGUCUGCCUCAGCCAGGCCACCGACACACCUGUGUUUGCCCGGAUGGUGCCCCGACUGUAACCAUGCCCAACGGAGAGCUGCAGUGCCAGUGUCCCAGCGGCUACCAGCUCCAGAACAACACCUGCAUCAAGACGGAGCACAGCUGUUUGCCCAACCAGUACCACUGCUCCAACGGCCGCUGCAUCAGCAGCAUCUGGAAGUGUGACAGUGACAACGACUGUGGAGACAUGAGUGAUGAACGGGAGUGUCCCACUACGACCUGUGACCCGUCCAACCAGUUUCGCUGCAUGGCCUCAGGGUCCUGCAUUCCACUGGCCUUCAAAUGUGACCACGAGGACGACUGUGGAGACAACAGUGACGAGGAACACUGUGAGUCUCACCAGUGCGGCCCUGGGGAGUUUACAUGUGCACGAGGUGUUUGUAUCCGUGAGGUGUGGCGCUGCGAUGGAGAUAACGACUGCAGAGACUGGUCAGAUGAAGUCAAUUGCACAGUGGGCCAUCAUACAUGUGAGCCCAGCAGUUUCCAGUGUCACACAGGCCACUGUAUACCACAGCGGUGGAAGUGUGAUGGUGAUGAUGACUGUCAGGAUGACUCUGAUGAAGAUCCUCAAUACUGUGAGGGAACUAGAUGUAAAGGCUUCCUGUGCUCCAACGGCACCUGCCUGGCAGCCACCGCACACUGCAAUGGCAUCCAAGAGUGUCCAGACGGUGCUGAUGAGCACAACUGUGACCCCCUGUGUACUCGCUACAUGGAGUUUGUUUGUAAGAAUCGAGCCCAGUGUCUGUUUCAGUCUCUGGUUUGUGACGGGAUCAAACACUGUGAAGAUGGAUCUGAUGAGGACGCUGACUAUGCUGGAUGUGCUGCACCAUCUGAAUUUGGCAAAGUGUGUGACGCCUACACCUUCCAGUGUGCCAACGGAGUGUGUGUGAGCCUGGAGUGGAAAUGCGACGGCAUGGAUGACUGUGGGGAUUACUCUGAUGAAGCCAACUGUGCUGCUCCCAGUGAAGUGCCCGGCUGCUCCAGGUAUUUCCAGUACGAGUGCAAAAACGGACGCUGUAUUCCUACAUGGUGGAAGUGUGAUGGAGAGAAUGACUGUGGGGACUGGUCUGAUGAGGCCCCAUGUACAGGUGGUGUUACUCCUCACAGUGUGGACCCUUCUCCCACUACCUGUGCACCUAACCGCUUCCACUGUGGCUCUGGAGCUUGUAUCAUCAACACCUGGGUGUGCGACGGCUACGCUGACUGCACCGACGGCAGCGAUGAGCUCGGAUGUCCUACAGCAGCUAAUGGCUCUGUGACGCUGGCCCCGGUACCCACCGAGGCCGCCGUACCCCCUCCCUCCCCUGGUCGCUGUAGUCAGGGUCAGUUCAUGUGCCGCCGGCCCCCCCACUGUAUCCCCGACUGGCAGCACUGUGACGGCCAAGUCCACUGCCAGGACAACUCUGAUGAAGCCCACUGCCCCACACGAGGGCCUCUGUUCUGUGUUAACGGGACUCGCUGUUCUGACGGUGAAGCCUGUGUGCUGGACAGUGAGAGGUGUGACGGCUUCCUGGACUGCUCUGAUCACAGUGACGAGGACAACUGCACCCUGGACACCCUGGCUUAUAAAGUCCAGAACCUCCAGUGGACACCUGACUUCUUGGGAGCCGUCACUCUGACCUGGUCCCGUCCCAAAAACCUUCCCUUGGACUCCUGCUACUUCCUCAUCUACUACAGGCUUGUGGGCACACAGCAGUGGACCACCAUGGACACCCACAGCAACAAGACCAGCUACAAACUGACCGUGCUGAAACCAGACACCACCUACCAUGUGAAGGUGCUCACUCAGUGCCUCAGCAAGCUGCACAAGACCAACGAGGUGGUCACAGUCAGGACACCAGAGGGACUGCCUGACCCUCCCAGGAACCUGCAGCUGUCUUGUGAUAAUGGUGAGGACGGGACAGUGGAGGUUUCAUGGAACCCUCCUGACAAAGGACACGGCCUCAUCAGAGAGUACAUUGUCGAAUACAGUGAGCAUGGAGGUCUUGACUGGACAUCACAAAGAUCGGCCAAAACCAGCACUGAGGUGAAGGAGCUGCAGCCAGACACUCUGUACAGGUUCAGGGUGGCUGCAGUGACCAGCCGAGGUGUCGGAAACUGGACUGAGGUUAAAUCCAUCACCCCAAAGAAAGCUCUGCCUCCUCCCUCUGUGAUCGCCGACAGCAUCACCACCGACUCCAUGAGCCUUUCAUUCAGCUUAAACUCCCAGUAUGAUGUGAAACAGUACAUUGUGAUUCUGUCCUGGCAGUUUGACACCCACGUCAAGGAGAGCAAGAACUACUCAGUCACAGCAGGGAUCCUCAAAGCUACAAACCUGACAGCAGGGACAGUGUAUGAGGUGGCUGUGUGGGCUCACACCAGUAUAGGAGACAGUCCCACCGCCCUGUCCCAUCACCAGACCGCCGGCACCCAGCCAGACCGGCCCUCCCUCAAAGCCAGGGCUCUCAACCAGACAGCUGUAGAGUGCAGCUGGACCAUCAGUGGACCCCCUGCACAGGUGUAUGGGGUGUUCUACGCCACCUCCUUCCUGGAUCUGUACCGCAGUCCUCGUCGGGUCCACACCUCUUCUCUCAGCCUCACAUUGAAUGUAGACAGUGAUGAACAGUAUCUGUUCCUGGUGCGGACUGUCUCUCCCUUCCUGGGUCCUCCCUCUGACUACGCUGUGGUGAAAAUGAUUCCCAACGAGAGGCUGCCACCCAGGAACCUCCACCGUGUGCGAGUAGACAAGAGUCAGGCCCUUCUGAAGUGGCAGCCGCCCUACGACGCCCCAAACGCACCUCUGACAUAUGUGAUCCACGUGCGGGACGCGAUCCGGAAGGUGGAGCGGGACUACAAGCUCAAAACCCAGAACAACACGGUGGAGUACCAACUAAAAAACCUGGAGCCCGGAGGACGAUACAGCAUCUCUGUCCGCCUGCGCAACAUGAGCAAGGAGGCCAGCUUCACUCUCAGCACAGUUCCUCUUCCUGCUCCAGAAGCCCUGAAAAUUCUGACAGAGAAAGACCAUGUGUUCCUCAUCUGGAAGAGUCUGGCUGUGCGAGAGAAGGGCUUUGAUGAGAGCAGGGGGUAUGAAGUGCAUGUGCUUGACAGUGUGACCAACCAGACGUCAUACCUGGGAAACACCACAGAGACCUACUUCCGCAUCAGCAGCCUGCUGGUGGGACACAACUACACCUUCUCUGUGCAGGCCCGCUGUCUGCUCAAUGGUCAGCUGUGUGGGGAGCCUGCACUGCUGCUCUACAACCAGAUGACAGGGUCCAGAGAUGCCUCCCGCAGUGAGGGGAACUCAGGGGACAUGGCAGCAGUGGUGGUCCCAGUCCUGUUCCUGCUGCUGCUGGGAGUGUGUGGCGGCUUGGUGGCCCUCUACUUCCGACACCGCCGGCUGCAGAACAGUUUUACCGCCUUUGCCAACUCCCACUACAACUCUCGCCUGGGCUCUGCCAUCUUCUCCUCUGGAGAUGAACUGGGGGACGAUGAUGAAGAUGCUCCCAUGAUCAGUGGCUUCUCAGACGAUGUGCCCAUGGUCAUCGCGUAGCAAGAUGUCCCUCCAUUACCUAUGUCUCUCUCUUCCCUUCUCCCCUUCUCUUCUUCUGCCCCUUUAGUCCCCUUCGGCCCCCAUCAGUGAUGCGGUACGAUGGAGCAAAUAGCAGACAGGCAAAAACUCGCCGACAUCCCAAAUCCAUCGAUGGGAAUCCACCCCGAUUAGCAGGAAACGUGAAGAAAAAUGGAAAAGUGUAAAGAGAGAAAGAGAUAUUUUUCAAAUAUACAAUGCACUUUUUUUGGAUGCGCAAUAACUUAUUUUUUAUAAUAUUAAAUAUAUAUAUAUAUGUAUGUAUAUAUAUAUAUAUAUAUAUAUAUAUAUAUAUAUAUAUAUAUAUAUAUAUAUAUAUAUAUAUAUAUAUAUAUAUAUGGGGUCAAAAAAAGGACUGAGAGGAAGAGGUGGACACUGAAGCAAACUGUGAAGGAUUUGAGUUUGUUGAGCGCACCAGGGAAGGAAAAGACCCUAUUUGUAAUGCAAACUCACUAUCCAUUGGGGCGGUUCAUUGCUUAAAGCCAAAAUAAGCAUCCAGAGACUGGAAUAUAGAAUGCAUAAAACACACACGUACACAUAUUGGAAAAAAAUACAAAUAUAUAGACUUAUGCUGUAUACAAAAUGUACAAAUAGAAAAUAUCAGAGUGGUAAUAGUUACAUAUGUUGGUGAUAGUACAGUGUGUACUAUAGCAUUAUAUGUAACAUUGGUGCCCAGUGUGAGCCAGCUGGAGAAGUUAGCUUUGGGUCAUAUUUGUUCAUUUACAGAAUCUGAAUGUCUCAUCAGAGGAUCACCGAUCUGGAAACCGUUGAUUCUUGUAAAUGCAUUAAUGAUCAGCGCAACCAAACUGAUCAGUGAUUAGGUUGACCAGUGGCACCAUGUUAGUGUCUUCAUAGAUACACUUUCAUUUCCCACCACCAGCACACUGCUGUAGGUACGAAGAGGCGACAUACACCAUCCCAUAAUAUUAGCGGCAUUGAGGAGGGAAGACACCCUCCUGUCAUUGCCAAGCUCAUCCGAACUAUUUGUAAAUAUUGGCUUUUAACAUGUCCUCUCCUUGUAAUGCUGCACCAUAUUGUUCUGUAAAAUGUGUUUUGUUUUUUCUUUUAAUCAUUCAGGAUUACGAGUUAUCGUCCCCAGCAUUUUGCCAUAGCUGUAGUUGUAGAGGAAGUGUGUUUGGGGUUCUCAGGGAACUGUGUUGGAGCAGACACCAGCGCAGCACCACCAUCACCACCAUGACUUAGGUAGCACUGUCCAUCUACUGUCCAAUAGAAACCUUUGAAGAGGUACGGACUCAGCUGUGGGUGGAAUGACUGGCAAGCACAGAUUAUUGUCAGUAGUUGUGAUGAAGAGUCAAGUUCAGACUAACUUGUCAGUUUACAUGAAGAGUUAAAGAAUCAGUUCACUGAGCCUUUGUAUUUUACUUCCAGUUGUAUCUAGUCAUGCGAAUAUUUUGUUGAUAUUUGACUCAGUUUUUUAAUAUGAAUAAAUCUCCUUUUACUCUGGACAGUCCAAAGAGAUCAUUGGAACUACUUUCUGCUGCAGAAAGUAAACACUGUGUUCUGUAGAUUAUCCAGAGUCCUGUGGCCAGCAAAAGUAAAGCAAGGUACAGCAACAUAAUGUCUUCUACAAGCUUGUUUUGUCUGAGCUAACAACCUAAAACUCUCACAGACAUUACACCACCAUUCAAAAGUUUAGGGUCGCUUAGAAAUGUCCGUAUUUUUGAAAGAAAAGCAUUUUUUUCAUUGAAGAUAGCAUUAAAUGAAUCUGAAAUCCAGUGUAGAAUUGUUAAUGUGGUAAAUGACUAUUCUAGCUGGAAACGGCUGAUUUUUAAUGGAAUAUCUCCAUAGAGGUACAGAGGAACAUUUCCAGCAACCAUCACUCCUGUGUUCUAAUGCUACAUUGUGUUAGCUAAUGGUGUUGAAAGGCUCAUUGAGGAUUAGAAAACCCUUGUGCAGUUAUGUUAGCACAUGAAUAAAAGUGAGUUUUCAUGGAAAACAAGAAAUUGUCUGGGUGACCACAAACUUUUGAACAGUAGUGUAUAUUUAUGAUGAUGUAAACAGAAAAAAACAGCUGAUCCUCGCAUUUGCUAUACCACUAAAAUUGUUAGAUUAAUAUCAUUCUGGCACUAACAACCUGUUUCUUUCUCCUUUUUUAAGUUUUAAAAAUUUAACUUGAUUAAAUAUUUAGUAUCCUUUUUCAAUUUAAGAAACAAAACUUUGUGAAGUAAUAUUUAAGACAAUGAUUAUUGUUCACUUGCAGGGUUUUUCCAGGCUCAGAAUGGAACUUUGAGGGUGACUUCAGACAGUAAGCCUGAUCCAUCCCCUUACAGUUUAGGCAAUUAGUCUGUGUCACCCUGUUUGAGAGAAACCUAUGCAUUUCUACUUAUUCCUGACCAUUUGAUAAAGAUAAAUGUCUUCAGAGCUUUAGUAAAUGAAACCCCAUUUAACAAAACUGUUUUUAGUCUCAACUCUUAGUAUUUUGCUUUUGCUGGCUAGAAAGUCUUUGAAUCACACAAAAAUUUCUCUAAGCAGAAAAAUCUUGCCUUGUAGGAAAAAUGAUGGCCUGUCAGUGAUUAAUUUGUGGAUUACUUUUUCUGUUUCUGCAUGUGGACAAAUAAAGCAAGGCUGAAUGCAUGGCUAGAUACAGCUAGAGAUCCGAGAAGGAAGUUGGUUGGUUCCUUUACGGAGUGUGAGAUCAGUGUUGAAUCAGCUGAUUGGACAGAGAUGAUACCUGGGAGGAUAUUCUGUGUCUCAGUUUGUACAGAAUCUAACUGCUGCACAUCUGUACAGGUGUCAACACACAAAACAAAACCUUUGUUCUGCUCCCACCCCCCCUCACCUGACUCUGUGCUGUUGUCCAUUAACUGAUGUUGUGUUUGGCCUCUGGGCUCGAGCCAUUUGAACCGAUGGUGUCCUGCUUUGUAUCGUUCUUGUUUUGUUUGUAAAGACGUCUUCAUGAAUGUAUUUUAUAUCUACUUUUUAAGGUAUUGUCCUCGUUCAUUAUGCUACUGUUACCACCUGUGAAGUCGAUGCACGCUCUCUGGUUUUUGCCCCUCACUACAGUGAAUUUGUAGAUCACCACCCCUUCCACGUGUUGUUACUCUGUAGAACGGAUUCUACAGACAAAUUCCAGCAGUUUUAACCCUCCAAUUCCAAUUUACUAACUCAGAGAAGCAGUCCAUUUCUGUCAGAUAGAGCCCACAUGUUUCAUUUCAUCAUCUCAUUCUUCCCAGAUCAUCAAACGGUGUCUGUACUGACAUUUAAGGUUUCCUCAAGCUUGAUCCCACACAGAUCCUCGCCCUGUUCAUGAGAUACUUUGUUUUUGUUUUCUUGGCCUUAAAAACAGAUUUUUCUGGCAUUGAUGCUGUGUUUUUGCUCUGUGAAGUUUCUGUUGUCUGAUUUUCUGUUUCGCCACAUAAUGCCUUAUUAGAACACAUUGGGUUUCUAUGUAAUGUACUGUUUGUAAGAUAGAACACAAGUGCACACGCAUGCAUACACUCGCACACACGUGACCCAGACACAAGACUGAGGAGGAAUUUACUGUUAGGGCAUUUGGUUAAUUUUGUCAGAUCACUGCUCUUUUCUGCGCUGGCCGCCGUAGGCCAGCCACUUUGUGUUUUUGGUCAGGUUUUACACAUGUACAAAGUAUAAUUAUUGAAAAUUAUGUGACUGUUUGCUCCCCACCUGUUUUAAUGUCAACUCUUGUCAAAUAGUUUGCUUCAAAAUGUCGUUUGGCACAGAGUUUGAUCAUGUUGGGCUUGGCCAUGUUGAAGAUGUUAAUGUCUUGCUUGCUUGUAUCAGAGAUUGUAAGAAAAUGAGGUGUUUGGAGAACAGUGUGAGGUGUUUUAAGAACCACUUAUACUGAAAUAAACUCGCUAAAAAUAA